AUGGCGGCUCCCAGCGGCCGCCGGCCGCAGCCCGCGGGGCCGGGCGGGGGCAGCGCCGCCGGGCCCGGGGCUCUGCGCGGCGCCGAGGAGGACGCCGAGGGUCUCUACGUGGCGGUGGAGCGGUGCCCGCUCUGCAACACCACGCGCCGCCGCCUCACCUGCGCCAAGUGCGUGCAGAGCGGCGACUUCGUCUUCUUCGACGGGCGCGACUCCGAGAGGUUUUCAGAGAAGAAAGAAAGGCUGAUGCAUCUUAAAACCAAACAGAGAGAAUUCCAAAACCAUGUUUUGAAGGCCAUGGAAGGGAAAGAAAUAACUGAUCAGCUGAGAUGGAAAAUAAUGUCUUGCAAGAUGAGGAUUGAGCAGCUGAAACAGACCAUUUGCAAGGAAAAUGAUGAAAUGACAAGACACACAGAGGGGCUGCUGAGGAUUAAAGAGGAGAACCAGAAGCAUUAUCGCAGGGCUCAGAGGCACCAGGAGAAGAAGGAGAAGAUCCAGAAGCACAACAGGAAGCUGGGAGACCUGGUGGAGAAGAAAUCCUACGAGCUGAAAACGCAGUACGAGCACCUGGCCAACCUGCGGCGCGCGCACAUCCUGGAGCUGACCUCGGUCAUCUUCCCCAUGGAGGAGGUGAAGACAAGCAUGAGGGACCCAGCAGACGUGUCCUCAGAGAGUGACAAUGCCAUGACCUCCAGCACUGUGAGCAAGCUGGCAGAGGCGCGCAGGACCACGUACCUGUCAGGGCGCUGGGUGUGCGACGACCACAACGGCGACACCAGCAUCAGCAUCACGGGGCCCUGGAUCAUCCUCCCCAACAAUGGCGACUACUCUGCUUACUACAGCUGGGUGGAGGAGAAGAAAACUACACAGGGACCUGAUAUGGAACAUAAUAACCCUGCUCAUACCAUCAGUGCUGCAUUGUGCUAUGCAACUCAGCUUGUUAACACUUUGUCUCUCAUACUUGAUGUAAAUCUUCCCAAGAAGCUCUGCAACAGUGAAUUCUGUGGGGAGAAUCUCAGCAGACACAGGUUCACACGGGCAGUGAAGAAGCUGAAUGCUAACAUCCUUCACCUCUGCUUCUCUCAGCAUGUAAAUUUAGAUCUGUUGCACCCCCUGCAUACCCUCAGGAACCUCAUGUACCUGGUCAGCCCAGACACCGAGAACUUGGGCAGGUCCGGCCCCUUUGAAAUCAGCGCCGACCUGGAGGACUCCAUGGAGUUUGUGGAGCCGAGCGCGGCGGGCGAGACGGACGAGAGCGGCGACGAGCGCGUGAGCGACGAGGAGACGGACCUGGGCACGGACUGGGAGAACCUGCCCAGCCCCAGGUUCUGUGACAUCCCCUCCCAGCAGGUGGAGAUGCUGCAGAGCCAGAGCACGCAGGCGUCGCAGCCCAUCGCCAGCAGCAGCGCGGGCGGCAUGAUCUCGUCGGCCGCCGCCUCGGUCACCUCGUGGCUCAAGGCCUACACCGGGCACCGCUAGCGGGGCUGUGCCAGCAACCCCUCCCUGACUGGGCUCUAACCAACCUUUACCUAUUCAGUUAAGUAGUGCCUGGAACAAAGGAAAGGUCAGACUUCUGUUUUGUAAACCGGAGAAAACCUUUUUAUUUCCCCAAGACGACUGUGAGGGCCCCGUUUUGUAAAUGAGCUCCGUGCUGCCCACGGAUCCUGCCAGGGCACUUGGUGUCUUGGUUCUGUCUGCAGCGAGGAUUGGCAAAGGACCCAGCGACCUCCAGCUCUACUUUCUGAAGAAGAAUCAGAUUUUGGAGUGUUUGGAUCAGGAAGGCUGCUCAGGGCGCGGUCUGGACAGCAGUUCCCACUUUCUUAACUCCUUACAGGGUUUUCCUUUGUGUGUGUGUGUUUUAAAUCUGUCUUGCAUAAUGCAAAAAUGCGUAUUUCUAGAUUUUUUUCAUUCAGGACAUGAAAAUUAUGCAUUUUUAACAUGUUUUCUAAUCUCUGUUGCCAUAUUUUUAAUACAAAUGAUCAGCAUGGACAGGGAAUUCACACAGCAAGUUGCUCUUGGUUUAGAUUUGGUUGUGAAUCUUUGCCCAGUUUUGCCAUAGAAAACUGGCUUAUUUCAUGCUGUUUCCACUGGUCAGCGUAGAAGUUUUGUGUUGUGCUAAGGCACACAGGCUCUGUACUCUUAAUACCAUACACCAAAGAAACACUGGACAUUCUCUUGCUAGACCCACAUUGGAUGCUGAUCCAGAAUUGCAUUGCUGCAAUAAUAUCCAUCGGUUACCACA